AAUACAACAAAGCCUCAUUUCAAGGGCAAAAGAUAAAACUCUCUCUCUCUCUCUCUCUCCCUCCCUCUCUCUCAAGAAUCGAAAACCUCUCUGGCUCUCUCUAGGGUUUCUCCAAAGUUCGCACUCAAAUUCUACGCAGGCAGCUUCGAAUCCCAUCCCGCAGCUCAGUGCCUCACCUUCCUCAUCGAAAUCUCUCUCUUUUAGUACCAUUUUUUUGUCGCGCCGUUGAGAAUCGGAGACAUAUGGAUACGGCGUCGUCUUCGGUGGUCGUCGAUUGAGUUAAAGGAAAUCGUUAUUUGCAUGUUGUGGGGUUAUAUACUAACAUGGAGAGCAGUAUUGUGGUGGAGGGGAGUCCUUGUAAGAGCAAUUCCAAUACUGUCUCCAAGUCUGACGGAUCGUUUAUUCAGAUUGACUCGAUAUCAAUAGAUCUUGUCAGUGCUAAGGAUAAGAGUGGUGCUGGAAAGUGUGAGCAUUUCUCUAUUCGUGGAUAUGUCUCUGAGAUUCGCAAAAAAGAUUGGAAGAUAUGUCAUCCAUUUUCUUUAGAGGGUGUCCGGAAUGAGUCUGAGAAGCAAACAUCUUUUCUUCCCCCUUUAGAUGUUCCAAAAUUCAGAUGGUGGCGUUGCCAAAAUUGUCUGAGUGAGGUUGCUGCUAAAGAUUAUGGAACGCUCUUUAAUUGUUGUAGUACUAAAUGUAGAUCCAAUAGCACUUGUUCCCAUGUGGGCAGUGCUGCAGUGCUUUCAGGUUUCCAGCAGGUUCCCAAGCUAGUCCAUAAUGGAAGACCAGUUGAAGACAAUAAUUCUACUAAAUUGAGCAAUGACGCCCAUCUUUUAUUAUGUAGUGACAAGAAAGAAAAGAAAGCUGAAGUUGCACACAGCACUAUUAAAGGCCAUGACGUUAGUUCAGAAGAUAAUGUUAAGCAGGAAGUCCCCAAAUUAACAAGUAAUGUACCAGAAGUUAAUUCAAGCAUGAUACAAGAAAGGCACACAAACGACACGGUGGCUUUCAAAUCAAAAUGCAAUGGAUCUAUUGAGUUUUAUGAGCCAGGCAGUGGGAGGCAUGGAGUUGCUGAUGCUAAUCUCAAAUGCAUAGUUAUGGAUUCUGCUGAACUUUUUCAUACAGGAACACAAACUUCUCCGAAUGAUCAAUGCAUAGAGUUAACAAAAACCUGUCAGACGUUUGGGUUAGGUGGUAUGGUUGAUGGGGCGCCUAAUGCUGUCAAAGCUCAUACAAAUGGACAUCCUGUGCUGGAAUUAGAUGAGUUUGAUCAUGAAGCAUCUGAAAGUGCUGAAGUUAUGGUUGACGAUCAUCUAGAUAAGUCAAGUUAUUUUCAUCGUAGAAAAACUCGAAAGGUGCGUCUGCUGACUGAGUUAUUGUGUGAAAAUGGUGAUGCAAAGAAUGAUCACACUGAGACAGAUAAUUCUCCAUCCAAUGGAAACCCUGAUGCAUUUGCAGGGUUACAUACAAUUUCUGUUCCCCAAGGUCAGUUGGCAUUCCAAGGAAAUGUUAAAAGGGGUAUGGGUCAGAAUAGGAAGAGGAAGAUGCUUCAGGAUGAAGAGUGGAUACCUUCAGAAAUGAUCCCUCCAAAUAAUUUGAAUAAAAAAGUUCAGACAUGGAAGGGAGAUACAAAAGCAGCUGAUGCAAUUAUGGUUAAUGAAUUUGAAGAUGCUAUUGCAGGAAUAGGUUUAAAAACUGAUAUGAAGAGCCAUCCAAGAAAAAGUAUAAAUGAUAGAAGUCCUGCGAUAGGCAAGAAUAAAUAUAAAAAGAUCAAAGUUGCUGAUGCAUCUUUGCCGUUAGCGCUGCCCCAAGUAAAUGUGCAAAAAGAAAUUCAUGACAAAAUUGGAAAUUCAAGUAAGAGCAAUGCUGCUGACAUUGUUUCUUUCAGAUUUGCUCAUGAUGGAUUCACAGGCAGAAGAACGGAUCCUUGUCCUUUUCUUGCUCUAAGAACAGAGAGAAGACCUGAUAUGUGCCAAAAUAAGAACAAGAAUCCACAAGUGGAUGGAGGCCAAGCUUCUCUAUUUCCUUGGACCAAUGGCAUGCUCAGGAAUGAUCCAUUUGCACGGAAAAAUGUAGAUUUCAUGCAAACUGGAUCUGUAACUGUACCGUUUCAAUCACCACAAGAUUCAUCCACUGUAAAAGGGUUGCAUCUUUCAGUUAAUAGCAUUUUGGCUGCGCAAAGAUAUGACACAGAAUUUAUUCCUCGAGUUGAAGAUGGUCUACCUUCCUUAUCACGUUGGCAAGAUGGCACUCCCAAAGUAGAUCAGGUUAUGAGGAAAAAUAUAGAGAUCAACAAUGUUGGAGAUCCAAAUAUUCCAUAUAGAUCUCCGCCAGAUGCCUUUUUCAGUAAAGGAGUAAAUUGCGAAUUCAGUAGUAAGAUAACCACCUUCAGAAUGCCUCUCCUGAAUGGGAUUCAAAACUGCAGCUCUUGGGUUGAGGAUGGGGAGUGUUCCCAAAGUCACCAAAUGGAUUUUUCUGGAGUAAGCAACAUUGAAAAAACUAUUAAAGCUCUGGAACAUUCAGCUGUUGAGAAGAAACAUAGUAACCAAAAAACUGACAAGGUGUCUGAGCAGGGAGCUUCAGAUGACAUACCCAUGGAAAUUGUCGAGCUCAUGGCAAAAAAUCAGUAUGAGAGGUGUCUUCAUGAUGCUGAAAAUAAGAAACAACUGUUGGAAACAACAAAUAAUACAAGAAAUGUUCAAAUGAUGGAUUGUACAAAUACAUAUGGUAAUGGGGAGUUGAGACUAUUACAGGGGGAAAUAACUCGGAAACGAAAAUCUCAGGCAAGGAAUGGGAGGAAUGGCAUAAUCACAAAAGACAAAAAUGUGGGACCGACCAAACAAAAAUCAGUUGAUUACUUUUCUCAUAUUGAUAGAAACCACAUGAAUUUGAGCUACGUCGAUCAAACUCAGACUCCUACAGGGUUUAGGUCUUUUGCUCAGUCCCAAAAGAAGCCAUCAAGUGGAGUCCAAUUUUCUGCUAGCAGUUCCAGCAGACACAGUAGUGGUCAGAAUUGCAAAUGGAAUGGGGCUAUGGUGGGGCACGGGCCUUCUCAUGCUAGUUUACAGGCCUUGGGAGGAUGUAACGCACACCAGACAGUUCCACAAUGUAGUGAAGCACCUGUUCAUCUUUGGUCAACCUUGAAUCCAAAUGAAAUGCACUUUGGCUAUAAAAUACCUCAAAAGGGUGUAGCUCAGGCUACUAAUAUAGAUAUGCUUUCACGCUGUCCCGAUUCACUGCAUAUGGAGAAUAUGAACAGCGAUAAUGGUCUGAAGUUUUUGAAUCUAAAUCCUACCAGCCUUGAUAAGCACAAUAUGAACUGUGGGUCUGAAAGUUUCAGCCGAACUAAUGCAGAGUACUCAUUAGCUUGCAAACAUAAUGGAAUUGGGCUUCCUCAAAAUUUGAUGGGGUCGUUAGAUCUCUAUUCUAAUGAAACCAUACCAGCAAUGCAUUUGCUCAGCCUUAUGGAUCCAGGGAUGCGGUCAGGGCCUACCUUCAAUAUGAGUGGAACACCAGAGUUCCCUAAGAGACCUUCCUUUCCUCAUGAUCAUAAAUCUGAGUUUCCCAGGAUGGAGAUUGGUACAUAUAAGACCAUGGAUUCCAUGAAACCACCAUCAUCUAACUAUUGUGCUAAAAGUCAAUUUUCUGAGGAGUCCCAUGGUUGUUUUCAUUGCACUCAAACAGUUUGUGCGUCAGCUUCUUCAUUUCAACACGAGAAAGGUCUCCAAAGGGCUACUAAUUUUACUGGUCAAGUUGCCUUGAAGUCUCGAGAGAAAGACAAGGCAAAAAGCUCUAAUCCACCCACGCAGAACAGAGGUCAUAGAUCAGAAAAUUUUGUAUUCCCCAGUGGUAGUUUAGGCACAAAUCAUGGAGCUAUUCCUGUCCAUAGUGUGCAGAAGAGGUUCUUCGUUGGUGCAUCUGAUUCUACUGUUUCUACCUUGCCAUAUCACAAAAUGGAGAAUUCAACUCCACAUCCCAAAAACAGUUCUGUGUCUGAAAUGUGCAGUAUUAAUAUGAAUCCGGCUGAUUUUUGCAUGCCAAGAAAAGGAAGUAUAUACAUGAUUAGAGGUGAAGAUUUAAAAUUUGGAAAGGUGGUUCCUUCUCAAAGCAGGCCUGGCUUAAUUAAUUUGGACAGGCGCAAGCGGCAUAGGAAGCACAGUACUGUGAAAGAACGUUUACAACAUUGAAUUCUGUGACACAGUUCCCAAAAUUCAUACCGGUGAAGUCUUAAAUGUCUUGGCAGCUGCUGUAAAUUGAGAAUGUCUUUUUUGAGGAUUAGGCAGCAACUUGCAGUCAUAUAUUUUGACAGAGCUGAUUGUUGAUGUGCUUUGACAUACGGUCAUCCUUGGCAUUUUCCAUAUCCAAAGCUAAGCUGUGAAAGCCAUGAUGGUGCAAAUGAAGGCCUGUAUAUAAGUACAUAUACCCCCCCAGUCCUGUAUAAGUUUAUAAUGUAUGAGAUAUUGUAUGUUGGUGUGAGUCACAAGGUUAUGUAUAAUCCUCAAGAUUACCCCUCAGUUUUAGGAAGGGUUUACUUGUUACUUCUGUUUCAAAUCAACCUCAAUGGCCAACAAGUAGGAGUGGAAACGAAUAGACGGUAUUUUAGUUGAAUGCAUGUAUGAGGAUAACCCCAAGGGGGGUAUCAACACUUAUCAAUUAAUGACUUCUUUGUAGAUAGCAAGGAGAGACACCGUGAGUCAUGGGAAUACGACUUACAAGAUAUAAUGGACUA